GGCACGGGGGUCGCGACGCGCUGGGUGGUGGCGGUGGCGGAGGCGGUAUGGGCGGCGGCGGCGGAGUGUUGGGCGACUUGGGUCACAUGCCCAGUCCGCCUCGGCGGGAGGCGCGGGAGAAGGAGCUGAAGGAGGCGUUUGUGCAGCUGGGGGAUGCGAAUGAGGUCCUCAACACCCGCGCGGUGGAGGUGAUGAAGCGCAUGAGCGACAAGCUGAUGGGGCGGGACUACGCACCCGAGCUGGCAGCGGGAGGAGGCGGAGGAGGAGGCGGCCUGCAGGAGGCUGACAGUGUGGCAGCGCAGGUGCAGCGGCUGAUUCACAUGGCGGUGAACCACGAGAACCUGUGCCAGUCGUACAUUGGGUGGUGCCCGUUCUGGUAGAGUAGGGGGUGAAAUGGUCUGAACCGUGAAGCGACUGGAGUUGCUGGGGUGGGAGCUAAGGAGCUCAAAAAAGAUAAGAACCACAUGUUAGGGCACAGCUAAUGGGAUAGAGUGAAGCAGUUUGUCACGAAACAAAAGGGGGAGGUGGUGAGGAUAAGGGAGGAGGAGGGAGUGUAGCUUGGCAGGUCUGGCCGCGUGGAGGAGGUGUCUGUGUGUGUGCUGGUAAACUGUGGGAAUGGGGUCGUGCGAGAGGAAGUGGUGGCUUGGGGUCUGAUGGGGCAUGGUACGGUACCCGGGCUUGGGUCGGGGGACAGGGGACAGGGG